AGAAGAGUGGCAUGGCACCCUAGGUAUAGGUACCAACAGAGAGAAAUCAUUCCCAUCUCUGAAUUGUUAGAUAAUUCUUUAAGAACUCGUAGUUUCUAUAUCGUCCACAGAAACUGUUGACUCCAAGAUGAUACUGUACUCAGAGUAACAGAACUAUAAAAAGUUUUUUCUAAAUUACAGAAAUCUCUACUCGAUUUUUUCAUUCUAGAUUGCAGAUUAUAUAUACAGGAGCAAUAAAAUAUAUGCAGACCUAUUAUGAAACUAACUUAUGUGGCCAUAGUAGAAUAGAAGAGACUGAGAAAGCAUAUUCAAAAUAAAAUUUUAUACAAAAAAUGACCAGAUAGAAAAUGACCAACGAGAAAAUGAUAAAAAAAUAAUUAAGUAAGUAAUGAGUAAGCAGGAUGAAAAGAAAUGAGGAGGAUAGGUAGAAAAGAAAGAGUUGAGAAACGAAGGAAAGAAGAAAAUUCCAGUGUUUGAAAUGACUCAAAGCAGGUUCAAAUUAUUCGAAGCCUAACAAUUAUGAAGACCUAUAGAAAAUUCAUGUAGCAAUAAAGGAUUACAUUUGAAGUAGUAACAUAAAUAGAAAUAAAACUACGAACACACCGAAAAACAAUACGAAAGUGUGUUUGCCAGAACAGAUUCUGAUUCAGAAGCCUUUGCAGAAUCUUCAACCUCCAAAGCACCUUCCAAAUGUUUUCAAAUAGGAAUGUAGGGCAAGUGUUACCUAAUGAAAAGUCCUUUCGACUCCCUAUAUCUACUGCUGCUUUCAACUACUCGUUUAGAAGAUAUGGAGUGUUCGAUGCGACCUCAAAAUUUCCGACUGGAUUUCUGUAUGGUUCGGGCUACGAUUUUGGAAAUUACGAUGAAUGUCUAAGAAUCAAGGUGCCUUAUGAUGAAUCAAAAUUUUCUGGAAAAUAUUGUAUGGCCAAAUUCACUUUGGAGGUGAACGCUCUAGGCGGCACAACCAUGAAAAAUAAACAAGCAAAUAUUAACUAUGUGUUGGACAAUUAUGAAUCCUAUUUCAAUAUUUCGGUUUGGAAAAAAGUCAAGGAUUACCUAUAUGACAAAUCCAAAAGUCCCAGGAAUGAAUUACAUUUUUCUUUCUGCUUGCCAUCUAGCUGUUCAGAUCAAGAAUUAGAACAAACUUUGAAAGAACGUAUUACUGACCUGAAUAACAAACUUAAUUUAACAAUUGAUGUAGAGGUUGACCAAAACAGUUGUCAGGUUGAAGAGAUAGUGCCUUUGGAAUCAAGUGAUGUAGCUUUUAUAUGUGUAGUCGUGAUUGCUGUAAUAAAUGUGAUACUAGCAUCAUUUUAUGAUUUCGUAACGGCGCGUGAUGAUUUUGUCCAAUAUAAAAUAUCUG